CGUGUCGCUCACGCUAAGACGUGAAAUCUUCGGUUGGUUUUUGAUUUGAAAUGCGGUAAAUAUUCUCAGGUUCUCUGGUUUUAAGUUCCGUUUUUCCUCCCCGGAUAUUCUCGGAGACUUUGGUGGAUCUGGUCCGGACUCUGUGAGCAGGAAUGUCCUUGUUGUGGAGCCUGAGGCCAGUGCUGACGCCACUGAUUCAAGCCUCCCAGCAUGCCUCUGCCUGGACGGGCCCCCUCCUCUCCCGGACCAUGGCCACCCUGAACCAGAUGCACCGGCAGGGGAAGCCCAAAGCGCCUCCUAAAUCUCUGGGCGCGACGUUCGGCCGCCCGCAGCUGAAAGCCGUGGUCCUGAAGACCAUGAUCCGAAAGCCCAAGAAGCCCAACUCCGCCAACAGGAAGUGCGCUCGCGUGCGGCUGUCGAACGGGAAGGAGGCGGUGGCGUUCAUCCCCGGGGAGGGACACAACCUGCAGGAGCACAACGUGGUGCUGAUUCAGGGCGGGAGGACGCAGGAUCUGCCCGGAGUCAAACUCACCGUGGUCAGAGGGAAAUACGACUGCGCCCACGUGGUGAAGAAGAAACAUUAGACUGAGAGACGGACGCUGUUUAAUACACGUGUGUGUGUGUGUGUGUGUGUGUGUGUGUGUUGGUAACGACGCUGCGGACACACAAAGACUCUGACGUCAGAUGUCGAAGCUGCUGCAGAGACUCAGUCUGAGAGCACCACAGUUUAAACUGAGCACUCUGAAGGUCCUCUGUAACCGAGGUGACUGGAGUUUACUCUGCUGGUGACAGCCAUGAGAAAUCUCCACUCACCUCCACAGUGUGAGGCUUCAAACCUGGAACUGUUCAACUGUGUCUGUAUGAUUUAGUUUGGCUGAACUGGCCCUUAAUUAAAGUGAUUCUCCACUAAA